UCCCGCUGGGAUUUGCGGACAGUCAUGAGCCAGACGGAGGCUCCCCGGCCGCUCAACUGGACCAUCCGGAAGCUGUGCCAUGCCGCCUUCCUCCCCUCUGUCAGACUCCUUAAGGCACAGAAAUCAUGGAUAGAAAGAGCAUUUUACAAGAGAGAAUGUGUUCAUAUCAUACCCAGCACCAAAGACCCCCAUAGGUGUUGCUGUGGGCGUCUAACAGGCCAGCACAUCGGACAGCCUCCAAGCGCCUCCGUUACUCAGAAUGAGAAAAGCGAAACCAGGCUUCCUCGCAAUGACAUCCAGUCGGAGAAGUGGUCCAUCAGCAAGCACACGCAGCUCAGCCCGACGGACGCUUUUGGAACCAUUGAGUUCCAAGGAGGAGGCCACUCCAAUAAAGCCAUGUACGUACGUGUGUCUUUUGACACAAAGCCUGACCUUCUUCUGCAUUUGAUGACCAAAGAGUGGCAACUUGAGCUCCCCAAACUUCUCAUCUCUGUGCACGGGGGCCUUCAGAAUUUUGAACUUCAGCCAAAACUCAAACAAGUCUUCGGAAAAGGACUUAUUAAGGCUGCAAUGACAACUGGAGCAUGGAUAUUCACUGGGGGAGUAAAUACAGGGGUCAUUCGGCAUGUUGGAGAUGCCCUGAAAGAUCACGCCUCAAAAUCUCGAGGGAAGAUCUGCACCAUCGGCAUAGCUCCCUGGGGCAUUGUGGAAAAUCAAGAGGAUCUGAUUGGCAAAGAUGUGGUCCGACCAUACCAGACAAUGUCCAACCCCAUGAGCAAGCUGACCGUGCUCAACAGCAUGCAUUCUCAUUUUAUUCUGGCUGACAAUGGUACUACUGGCAAAUAUGGAGCGGAGGUAAAGCUUCGUAGACAUCUGGAAAAGCACAUUUCACUUCAGAAGAUAAAUACAAGAAUUGGCCAAGGGGUCCCAGUGGUGGCCCUUAUUGUGGAAGGAGGUCCCAAUGUCAUCUCCAUUGUUCUGGAGUACCUGCGAGACACUCCUCCUGUUCCUGUUGUGAUAUGCGAUGGCAGUGGCCGAGCAUCUGACAUCCUUGCCUUUGGUCACAAAUAUUCUGAAGAAGGAGGACUUAUCAAUGAGUCUUUGAGGGACCAGCUGCUAGUUACCAUCCAGAAGACUUUCACAUACACCCGAACCCAGGCACAGCACCUCUUCAUUAUCCUCAUGGAGUGCAUGAAGAAGAAGGAGCUGAUCACAGUUUUUCGAAUGGGAUCAGAAGGACACCAGGAUAUUGAUUUAGCUAUCCUGACAGCACUACUAAAAGGAGCUAACGCAUCUGCUCCCGACCAGCUGAGCCUAGCACUAGCCUGGAACAGAGUAGACAUCGCCCGCAGUCAGAUCUUUAUUUAUGGGCAACAGUGGCCGGUGGGCUCCCUUGAGCAAGCAAUGCUGGAUGCACUGGUGUUGGACAGAGUGGAUUUUGUGAAAUUACUGAUAGAAAAUGGAGUAAGCAUGCAUCGUUUUCUCACCAUCUCCCGGCUAGAGGAAUUGUACAAUACGAGACAUGGACCAUCCAACACUCUGCAUCAUCUAGUCAGGGACGUGAAAAAGGGAAACUUACCUCCUGAUUAUCGGAUAAGCCUGAUUGAUAUUGGAUUGGUGAUAGAGUACCUGAUGGGAGGAGCCUAUCGCUGCAAUUACACCCGAAAGCGGUUCAGAACACUUUACCACAAUCUGUUCGGGCCCAAGAGGCCAAAAGCCCUGAAGCUGCUGGGAAUGGAGGAUGAUGUCCCUUUGCGUCGAGGGAGAAAACCAACAAAGAAAAAAGAAGAAGAAGUAGAUAUCGAUAUGGAUGACCCUGAGAUCAAUCACUUUCCCUUCCCAUUCCAUGAGCUGAUGGUGUGGGCUGUGCUGAUGAAACGUCAGAAGAUGGCCCUCUUCUUUUGGCAACAUGGGGAAGAGGCUAUGGCUAAAGCACUGGUGGCCUGCAAACUCUGCAAAGCCAUGGCCCACGAAGCAUCAGAAAAUGACAUGGUGGAUGACAUAUCCCAAGAGCUGAACCACAAUUCCAGGGACUUCGGCCAGCUGGCGGUCGAGCUGUUGGACCAGUCCUACAAGCAGGACGAGCAGCUGGCAAUGAAACUGCUGACCUAUGAGCUGAAGAACUGGAGCAACGCCACGUGCCUGCAGCUCGCAGUGGCAGCCAAGCACAGGGACUUCAUCGCUCACACGUGCAGCCAGAUGCUGCUCACUGACAUGUGGAUGGGUCGUCUACGGAUGAGAAAAAAUUCUGGCCUAAAGGUAAUUCUGGGAAUUCUACUUCCUCCUUCAAUCCUCAGCUUGGAGUUCAAGAAUAAAGAUGAUAUGCCCUACAUGACCCAGGCCAAUGAGAUCCAUCUUCAAGAAAAGGAUCCAGAGGAACCAGAGAAGCCAGUGAAAGAAAAAGAUGAGGAAGACAUGGAGCUCACUGCAAACAGCAGGAGCUGCCCGCAGGACCCCGACUGCAGGCAGGCAGAAGGACCUGCCUACAGGAUCCAAUAUGCAGGCAAGCCGAAGGAGCAGCCCACCAGACCCACCUACAGGACCCGUUUGCAGGCAAUGCUGGGACGAGGGAAUGGAGAGUCCUCAAGAAAGAAAGAGGAUGAGGAAGUUCAGAGCAGUCACAGGAUGAUCCCCAUUGGAAGAAAGAUUUACGAGUUCUACAAUGCUCCCAUCGUGAAGUUUUGGUUUUACACCCUGGCCUACAUAGGCUACUUGAUGCUGUUCAACUACAUUGUGCUGGUGAAGAUGGAUCGCUGGCCAUCUAUUCAGGAGUGGAUUGUCAUCUCAUACAUUUUCACUCUGGGAAUAGAGAAGAUGAGAGAGAUCCUCAUGUCAGAGCCUGGGAAACUGCUGCAAAAAGUGAAGGUUUGGCUGCAGGAGUACUGGAAUGUCACCGACCUCAUAGCUAUCCUCCUGUUCUCCGUUGGGAUGAUCCUCCGCCUGCAGGACCUGCCUCUCCGGAGCGACGGGCGCGUGAUCUACUGCGUCAACAUCAUCUACUGGUACAUCCGGCUGCUGGACAUCUUCGGUGUGAACAAGUACCUGGGGCCCUACGUCAUGAUGAUCGGGAAAAUGAUGAUAGACAUGAUGUACUUUGUCAUCAUCAUGUUGGUGGUUCUGAUGAGCUUUGGUGUGGCAAGACAGGCAAUUCUCUUCCCCAAUGAGGAGCCUUCGUGGAAGCUGGCGAAAAACAUUUUUUACAUGCCUUACUGGAUGAUCUAUGGGGAAGUGUUUGCAGACCAGAUAGACCCACCUUGUGGUCAAAAUGAAACCAGAGAAGACGGCAAAAUAAUCCAGCUACCUCCCUGCAAGACAGGAGCAUGGAUUGUUCCUGCCAUCAUGGCCUGCUACCUCUUGGUAGCAAACAUCCUUUUGGUGAACCUCCUCAUUGCAGUUUUCAACAACACUUUUUUCGAAGUCAAAUCUAUAUCGAACCAAGUUUGGAAGUUUCAAAGGUACCAGCUCAUCAUGACAUUCCAUGAAAGACCUGUUCUCCCACCGCCUCUGAUCAUUUUCAGCCACAUGACAAUGAUAUUUCAACACCUGUGCUGCAGAUGGAGGAAGCAUGAAAGUGACCCGGACGAGAGAGACUAUGGAUUGAAACUUUUCAUAACUGAGGAUGAAUUGAAAAAGGUCCAUGACUUUGAAGAGCAGUGCAUAGAAGAGUAUUUCAGAGAAAAAGAUGAUAGAUUCAACUCCUCCAAUGAUGAAAGAAUCCGUGUCACUUCAGAAAGGGUGGAGAACAUGGCCAUGCGACUGGAAGAGGUAAAUGAGAGAGAGCACUGUAUGAAGGCCUCUCUGCAGACCGUUGACAUCAGGCUUGCUCAGCUGGAAGACAUGAUGGGACGAAUGGUGACUGCCUUUGAAAAAAUGGCUGGCAUUGAGAGAGGAGAGACAACUAAGAUACGGUCCAGGACCUCAUCCGACUGUACUGAUGCAGCCUACAUUGUGAGGCAGAGUAGCUUCAACAGUCAGGAAGGAAAUGCCUACAAGCUUCAAGAGAGCAUUGAUCCCACAGGAGAGGAGUGCAUGUCCCCAACGUCACCUACGAUCACACCCCGCAUGCGAAGCCACUCCUUCUAUGCAACAAAUAUGAAGGACAAGUGUGGGUUGGAAAAGUUGGAAAGCAUUUUUAAAGAAAGAUCUCCAAGCCUGCAUCGGGCAAUCAGUUCCCACUCAAUAGCAAAAGAAGGAAAGGCUCCUUUACCCCCUACUAGCACUUUGUCAAUUGCCCCAGACUCCAGAAGGCCUUCAUCCUGUAUAGACAUCUAUGUUUCUGCCAUGGAUGAGAUGCAUUCUGACACAGAACCUCUCGAGAGCUCCAUAAAUAUUCUUGGUCCCGAAGAUGCAGCUCUGCCAGCUCACGUAGCCUCUUCGCUUUUAACUAAUAGUGCAUACAUCAGCAGUAGAGCUGGUGAGAAGAUCUCUGGCAGGAGUCUUGAUUAUGAGGAAACCUCUGGGAUAGAAACAAGACCAUUUUCUUCAGACUAUUCGCAAAUCACAGAUUGCCAAAUCCCGUGGGAUUCAGACCCUCCCUUGUAUCAUACUUUAGAGCGAUCUAAAAGCAGUCGUUACCUGGCUACAACUCCAUUUAUUCUGGAGGAAACACCAAUUGUAAAAUCUCACAGCUUCAUGUUCUCUCCUUCUCGAAGCUACUUCAGCAGCCUUGGCGUCCCAGUCAAAACAGCAGAGUACACAAGCAUUACAGAUUGCAUAGACACGAGGUGUGUGAGUGCUCCCCAGGCCAUUGCAGAGAGGGCCAGUUUCCCUGGAAGUCUCAGAGGCAAAGUAGAGGACUUGGGAUGCUGCCACCCAGAAAGAGAGGCUGAACUAACCCACCCAAGCUCUGACCAUGAGGAUAUUGAAGUCAAAGACAAGAAGGGAAUCCCUUUAUCUCCUCAAGACAGCAGUGCUACAACAACUCUGCCCAACAGCAUCCCACUCCCGAAAAUAGAGCGAGCCAACAGCUACUCUGCAGAGGAGUCCAGCGUAUUGUAUGCACAGCACACACGGAAGAGCUACUCCAUCAGUGACAAACUUGACAGACAGCGAAACACAGCAGGCCUGAGGAACCCCUUGGAGAGGAGUAAGUCCUCAAGGCCAGAGAGCAGAGGGGACAACCUGUCCAUGAGGAGACUGUCUAGAACAGGAGCCUUCUGCAGCUUUGAAAGCAAGCACAGCUAGGCUUCCUCAAAGCUCACCAGCAGUCUAAGGGUCAUCUGCACUUCUGUCUGUUUUUCUUAGCAGAAUUUUUUAAAAACCCUCACACCACCCCGUGUCGAGUCCAAUUGGGAUUAGCCACUGGUCAAGGGAGCACUUUUCAAUCUCAACAUCACCACUGGGGUAUUGCAUCUUGACCCAGUUGACAUUUGCACUUAAGAAAAAAGGGAGGGAUGAAAGCUUUACAAAACCUUCAGGAAACUAGAGGAAUAACAAGCCCCCUUAAUGAAGUCAGAAGAAAUAAAUUAAUAGGUCCAGAUAUCUGCCAUUCAUUAGAGGGCAUCCUAAGACCUUUUAUCAUUAUUCAAGUUUUUAAGAUGCAGGAAUUAACUGGCAAAAAAGAGAUGUACAAGUUAGAUGUUCCAAACUUCAAUCACUACUUCUUUUUCAUGUGUGUCACCAUUGUGAUGACUGGUGAAAAGCAUUAUUUCUGUUGGAACUGGCAGCAAACAAACCUAAAGUCUCCCAAGUCCCUUGCAUCCCACACUUGUGGAAAUGAAGAAAUAUGAACACAAUAAUAGCUAUAUAUGUUCACUUGUCUCCUUUUGUAUCAGUUUCUAGUGCCACAAAAAGUUUAUAUUUUCAAGAGCAGAAAGGGAAAUGAAAUGCCUUUUUUACUGCAACUUAAGUGGAAGAAGAAUUUAUGUUAAAAUGUCAGGUGAUUUCCUGUAUAAAACAGGCAUUCUAGAUUCUAGCACAGGUGAGCAAGCUCAGGAUGAAUGUAAUUAAGUGGAAUAGUAUAUAUUUAUUUUUUUACCACAUUUGUCAUCAAUAUGUUGUCUCACUAAAGCAAAGGAUGUGAUGAAACAAUAAGAAUAGGAUGAUCAGAGCAGAGCA